AACGACCAUCUCAAAAUGCCCAAACGCAGAGCAGCGGUGGAUAGUGAUGACGAAGCCCCUUCAGUAGAUGGCACUCCGGCCUCAAAACGCGCUCGUACCGACGAAAGUGAUGAUGAGUCACCUGCUCCUGCUCCCAACAAACGCGGCGCCAAAAGCAAGGCGCGUCGCAAAGACGAAUCUGAAUCUGAGGAGGACCAGGAUGAUGAUGAAGGAGCUUCUGGGGAAGCGGAUCGCGAGUUCGAAGAGCAAUUUGGGGCCUCUAUCCGUGCCAACUACGAAAGCAAACAGAAGACUGCUGGCGGCGUCGCAGAAUUCGGAAUCAUUGAGGGCAUUGAGCUUCACCAGUUCAUGUGUCACCAACGCUUGACUUUCAGCUUCGGGCCCCAGAUGAAUUUCAUUAUCGGUCAUAAUGGCAGUGGCAAGAGUGCUGUAUUGACCGGCAUCACUGUUGCGCUGGGCGGAAAGGCUGCUUCGACCGGUCGUGGGAGUGGUCUUAAGUCGUUCAUUCGUGAAGGGCAGAAUGCUGCCGAAGUCACGAUUGUGCUCAAGAACCAGGGCGAAGAGGCAUACAAACCCAAAGAAUAUGGGAAAUCCAUUGUUAUCAAUCGUCGCUUCACGAAAGAAGGGAACAGCUCCUGGAAAAUCAAGAGCAAGGAUGGACGCGUUAUCAGCACGAAGAAGGAAGAGCUUGCGGCCAUCUGUGACCACAUGAACAUCCAGGUCGACAAUCCCAUGAAUGUGCUGACCCAAGACUCGGCGAGGCAGUUUCUUAGCGCUUCCUCUCCUGGAGAUAAAUACAAGUUUUUCCUUCGUGGAACCCAGCUUUCGCAGCUUUCAGACGAGUACACUGCUUGCCUCGCAAACGUCAGUGCCACAAGCCGUGUCCUCGUCCAAAAGAAGGAGGCAAUCCCAGAUCUUAAGGCCAAUCUCAAAGAGGCCACAGCUCGAUUCCAAGAAGCUACGAAAGCUCGUGAUCAAGCUCGCAAAGUAGACGAACUCAAGAAGGAGCUUGCCUGGGCACAUGUCAACACGAAACAAGCAGAGAUGGAAGGCAAGCAAGAUGAAGUUGCCAAACAGGAGCGUCGUCUUCCUAAAAUCCAAGAGAACCUCAAGCUUGCAAAGGGUAAGCUAGAGGAGAUUGACGAGGCAAUGAUUGCCCUCGAAGAGGAGCAUGAUGCGAUCGGCAGUCCUGAUCAUCUUCAGACUAAAAAGAAAGAGGUUCAGGCAAAGAUUCGCACGAAUGGAGAAGAGCUCCGUCGAUUCCAUGAGGAGAUGAAGGGCAUCAAUCGAGAAAUAGCACAAGUCGACUCAACUAUCAAGGGCUACCAGGACCAGAUCGAUGCAGAAAUGAAGCGACUGCAGGCGGAUACCGAAUCAGCGCGCCAGGAAACGCAGGACAAAAUCAUUAAAGCGCGUGAACAACAGACCGCUGCUGAGAACGAGCUCGAGCAAAUUCGUCAAAAGAUAAGCGAUGCGGAUACACAACUCGGUCAGCUCAAGAAGGAGGGCAACAUGGCUGAGCGUAAAGCCAACGACUUGCGAGGACAAAUUAUGCAGUGCGAUAGCGCCAUCCAGAAUUGCGAGAAAGCUGAAAGCGAUCGCUAUGCUGCCUAUGGGAACAAUAUCAAGGAAGUCAUUCAACGAAUCGAACAGACUCGCUGGCAGGGUCAGAAGCCUCUUGGCCCGCUUGGGAUACAUGUGAAACUCCUCAAACCCGAAUACGGACAACUUUUGCGUCAGCAGCUUGGCCAGCAAUUGACCUCUUUCGCGGUUACACAUCCCCGCGACUUGAGCACUCUGAAGAAAAUUCUUCAAGAUGCAAAAAAUCCUCAGACGGUUAUCCACACGUUUUCACCCGAUCUCUUCGAUUAUCGUCACGGGGAACCUCCUGACGGUGUUCUGACCGUUCUUCGUGCUCUUGAGAUCGAUAACCCCCAUGUCUUACGCAUAUUGAUAAACAAGAUGUCUAUUGAGAGUCGCGUCCUAGCCCCCAAUCGCAAAGAAGGAGAGCAGACGCUUCGUGAUCUUGGCCAUGGUUAUGCGUGGACCAAGGAUGGGUUCAAUCUAGUUCGCUGGAAAGAGGGAGGAGAAUCUUCAGUUCCCGCUGGCGGUGGGCAAGUUAAUCCCAUGUUGCUUGCUGCUCAAGCUACUCUCGAAAUCCAACAAUACCGCGAACAAAAGGCCCAACACGAGGCCGAUUAUCAGACAGCAACAAUGUCGGUCAAGAACCUCACUGCUCAAUGGACCACUCUUCGGAAGGAGGUUGACCAUCUCAACCGUCAACAACGGGAAGUAGACGAGCGUCGACACAGAGCUCGGACUCGUGCAACUCAAUUGCAGAAUGAGCUUAACGCCGACAUCCCAAUACAUAUGGGAGCCAUUCAAGGUGCAAUGGAGAUAUCGCAAGGAGAGAGAGCAACCCUUCUCAAACAGGCGGAGGCCAUCGCGCCACGGAGGAACGAACUCGACGCAGAAAAUAUCAAACUCACGACGGAGAAGGACAAGAUCCAGCACGAGAUAAACGAGUUUGACACCGUGAAACAAGCAGCCAAAGAGAAAAUCAUGAGGGCGGUCGACAAUCGCACUGUGCUGAAUAAGGAUGUUUUUCACUGGGAGAAGAAAUUGACGGAGGAAACAAAAAGCGUCGAUACAGCCAAAGAAGCAGCUGAAGUGGUAGUGGAGGAGUUUAAGCAAUGGACUGCUAAAGCAGAACAGUAUUGUGAGCGCGUUGAAACUCGGCGCUCUCCAGAAAUAGUCCAGAGAAAUCUUCAUUCUGUCCAAGCGGCUUUGCAAGAUCGCGAAAAACAACAAGGUGCAACGGUCGAAGAGAUGACAGUCGAGGUCAACAAGGCCAAGGAUCGACUUGAGAAGGCCGAUAGUGAUCUUAAGCAAAUGAUGACACUAAACAAGGCUCUCAAAGAGUCACUGAAUGCUCGCUUGGCUCGAUGGCAGGAAUUCCGGCGUCAUAUCGCUCUUCGCUGCAAGAUUGUCUUUAGUUUGCACCUGUCACAGCGUGGUUACUACGGCAAGGUCAUGUUCGACCACGACAAGGAAACACUCCAGCUCAAGGUUCAAACUGACGAUCAGGCGGCGACUCAAGGAGCUAGUCGCGAUAAGGACCCACGGUCUCUGAGUGGAGGCGAGAAGUCCUUCUCGACCAUAUGUUUGUUGCUCUCGCUCUGGGAGUCGAUUGGCUGCCCGAUUAGAUGCCUUGAUGAGUUCGAUGUGUUCAUGGACGCUGUCAACCGACGGAUUAGUAUGAAAAUGAUGAUCGACACCGCUAAUAGCUCGGACAAGAAGCAGUAUAUUCUAAUCACUCCGCAAGAUAUGAACAACAUCGCUCCAGGACCAACCGUGCGAGUACAACGGAUGUCUGACCCCGAACGAAACCAGGGAAUUUUACAAUUCGCAAGCUAG